CUCGAAAUGACACCCGAGGGAUACAGGCAGUCCCAAAAAGCGACAGAGAUGGUUCUGCGGCACUGGUCCAUUGGUCUAAGUGACUGCGAGGCGGCCUGCGUGCUCGACUACAUGACGCGCAAACAGUACAACGAGAUUGACUGUGGCACCGGAAUACGUACAGCAUGCUGCCGAAUUUCCAGUAUUGCUGCAAAGGUGCAAUCCAAUGCAGACAUCUACACCUGCCCGUGCGAACCCGGCUCCCCUACCGGUCUGUGGAAGGCCGUGGAGAAUUGCGAUGCAAUGCGUGAAACAGGACACAUGGGUGGAAACAAGGUCAUCAAGCAAGCACGAAGCAUAGCACCCAGAGAAACAGCAGGCCCAUCUGUUAUCGGCGCAAGUCUUGGCGCCGUGCUCUUUGUCCUCAUUCUCUGCAUCUCUAUAUGUAUCUGGUGGAGUUACAGACGGAACCGCAAGGAGGAGAUGAGGGAAGACAGAGCCCGCGAUCUCGCAGCCGUCACGUCUCCCAUGGAGGUUCCCCCAACAAAUUCACUUACUGCGAUACAAGCGCCUCCUCGCCAUUACGCGAGAAAGGCAGCCGCUGCAUCGCAGCCCCGCCAUCCAGAACGGUUUCCUAGACCACACAACGAAAUCCGAGGUUACUAUGAAUCAGGUGUUUCGGUUGCAGAAAACGCGAGCAAUCGUCGUGAACCGAAUGGAAUAGAGCUGCAAGCUGUGCGGCAGCUACCGAAACUGGCAUGA